CAUGUGACCUGUCAGGAGCAACAGUUCAUCAUGGCGGCGGCUUCGUCUGUCUUCCACAGAGUGAGAGCUGGCUCUAAAAUAGCUGCUCAAUAUGACCAAGAAGGCAACCUCAUUCAGGUGGAAACCCGAGAGGAUGAGGAGCAAAGCAUCAAACUGGCGGAGAUCCUGGAGCUCCUGCUGGCAGCUGGAUACUUCAGAGCACGUAUUAAAGGACUGUCUCCUUUUGAUAAGGUGGUGGGUGGUAUGACCUGGUGCAUCACCACCUGUAACUUUGAUAUUGAUGUGGAUCUUCUUUUCCAAGAAAACUCAACUAUUGGCCAGAAAAUAGCUCUGACAGAGAAAAUAGUGUCUGUGCUGCCAAAGAUGAAGUGUCCUCAUCGCCUGGAGCCCCAUCAAAUCCAAGGGCUGGAUUUUAUCCACAUUUUUCCAGUGAUACAGUGGUUGGUGAAGCGAGCGAUAGAAACCAGGGAAGAGAUGGGCGACUAUGUGAGAGCCUACUCCAUUUCUCAGUUCCAGAAGACCCACAGCCUGCCAGAGGAUGAAGAGCUGCUCCAGAGGAAAGACAAAGCUGUGAGGGCAGUUCUGGAUGUCUUGGAAGUGUACAAACCCCAGAGGAAGUACAGGAGGCAAAAGGAUGCAGGGGAGCUGCUGGAUGAGGACUCCAGGGUUCACUCCACUCUGCUGGAGUAUGGCAGGCGUUAUGGAUUCAGUAAACAGUCCAGUCAAGACAAGGCAGAUGACAGGAAGGCUUCGUCGGCCAGUGGGUCGCAGGUGGCGCCCCCUGGAAUGGCAGAGGUGUCAGAGGAAGACAACCUGCAGGCAGUGGAGGAGAUGCGAAUCAAGACCCUGAUGACCAGCAUGGCUGCCAUGGCAAAUGAAGAGGGGAAGCUGACAGCAAGUGCCGUGGGGCAGAUAGUGGGACUGCAGUCUGAGGAGAUCAAACAGAUCGCCUCUGAGUAUGCUGAGAAGCAGUUGGAGCUGUCAUCAGAGGAGCGCUCAGAGCGCUACGGCCCGCUGCAGCAACACCGCAGAGCAGUGGCCUCACUUAACAAACAGAUCCAUCAGAAGACUAAACAACUGGAGGAGCUACAAGCCAAACAUGCAGAGGUGAAAACAGGCUGUGACGAUGCCAAGAGAAAACUGAUUGAGGCUACAGAGCAGUCAGAGAAACUGGAGAAAGAGCUGAAGUCUUUAGACGAGAUGGAGGAGCAGGCUGACAGCAGCUUGCUAGAGAAGCUGGGGGCUCUGGUGACAAUGAAUGAGAACCUGAAGCAGCAGGAGCAAGACUUCCGCACACACUGCAGAGAGGAGAUGGCCCGUCUUCAGCAGAACAUUGAAGAGUUAAAGACCGCAUCAGGACAGGAUACAGAGGAGGAGAAGGAGAGAAACCAGCUGAUAGACAAACAGUACAACACAGACAGAGAGAAACUACAGAAGAUCCGUCUGCUCAUGGCUCGGAGGAACCGUGAGAUUGCCAUUCUGCAGAGGAAAAUUGACGAGGUGCCAAGCCGGGCUGAGCUGACCCAGUACCAAAAGAGGUUCAUAGAACUAUAUAGCCAAGUGUCUGCAACACAUAAAGAGACCAAGCAGUUCUUCACACUGUAUAAUACAUUAGACGACAAGAAGGUUUAUCUGGAGAAGGAGGUGAAUCUGCUGAAUUCCAUUCACGACAAUUUCCAGCAAGCGAUGUCGUCUUCAGCAGCCAAGGAGCAGUUCCUCAGACAGAUGGAGCAAAUAGUGGAGGGAAUCAAACAGAGUCGCAUAAAGAUGGAGAAGAAAAAGCAGGAGAACAAAAUGAGGAGAGAUCAGCUGAAUGAUGAGUACCUGGAGCUGCUCGACAAGCAGAGACUUUACUUUAAAACAGUCAAGGACUUCAAAGAGGAGUGUAGGAAGAACGAGAUGCUGCUGUCCAAACUGAGAGCAAAAGGAGCCUCGUAGCCCUGCAGCACGGCUGUUUGAUUUCAAUGAAACAUGUAAUCUAUGUGCUAAAUUGAUCACAGAUUUACUGUACAUGUAUGUCGUUUUUAUUUACAUUCCACACUUUGUUUCAUCAUUCUUCCUAAUGGCUGUAAACCAACACUUAUGACUUGCUUCUAAACAUUUACACUGUGCUCUUUAUAUGUGCCAAAACCAGCUGACAAACUGAAAUGCCUUGAAUUUGUCGAGUCAAAAGAAGCUCUUAAGUGUUUCACAUAUUUUGGCAUAACCCUCAUCACAAUAAUUACAAAUUGCAUUACAUAUUAUACGUAGCUGCACUAGGCAGCUACGUAUAAUAUAGCAAACUCCCAUACGUAUAUAAUCUGUCUGGGUUGCUAGCAGAUAACACCCAUGUGUUUAUGUUGAGUGGAGAUCUCAUAUGUUCUCAGUGCACAAACCUGUUUGUGUUUGCUGAUGUUGCAUUAUAGGAUUUGUAUGAACUUGUGUUUUUCUAGUGCAGGUUUAUACAUCACUCUUUGUAUGGGGGUUAAAAUGGUUCACAAAAUUCUUCUCUGUGCAUUUCAAAGCUUUGUGUUCACAGUUUUUGAUUCAGUUCAGUAGUAGUAGGGGGCAUUGCUGAUUUCAAUAUGAUUUUCAUUAUUUAUUUACUUGGGAAUGAAAAAGGUAAAAAACUGUUUACAAAAGCUCUGCUUAAACACACUUCAAAUCAGAAAUCCCUUUUUAUAAUUUGCACAAACAAGAAAGGCAGCUUAGUUCUGGUUGAAUACAACUGCCACAUAUGGGUCAUUCUCUGCCUCGUCUGUUUAUAAAGUUGGAGAAUAAUUUGAAGUGAUGCACGGCUCAAGUACUUGAAUAAUAUGCUGAAAACCUGCAUCCUCCAUGACUGCAUAUGGCUGCAUAUCUUCAGCUAUAAUCCCCUCACACACACACACACACACACACACACAAUCAAUGCUUUAGUUCUGGAUUUUGUCCUGUCUGAAACUUUAUGGAGAGGCAGUUUAAAAUGCUGCAGGGAGAAGAAGUUGUUUUUUUCGUACUCUCUCCACAUGUUGAACAGGCAACACUAUACCUGUGAUGCUCCUCAUAUAGCAGAUAGAACAAUGCCAGGGCUCCUCUAACUCUACUUCCUCAAUUUCAUAGAAUAAAAGUUACACUCAGCAGCUCAUCUGUGCUGACUGACAAGUUUCACUGGGUUCUGGGCUUGACGCCUUUUGCCUUUUUCUUUUUUUUAAAUUACGUGCAACCAUUUUCACUGAAAUCUGCAAGGUUGAAAUGAAUCAUGCUAUACAUGCAUGCCCCAUUAACCAUAUGGGUCAUAUAUUAUCAUAACCAUUCCAAUACUACUUUGUUUGUAAAGGCCUUUGCCAAUAAUGCUGUUUUGUGCCUCUGUAGUUUAAUUUCACCCCGUGUCUUAGAAUUGCCUUUGUCACCAGCCAAUGACCAUGUACCAUCAGUAUUUAAAAAAUAAAAUAAUCUUUCUAUUCAGGA